AUGGAGGGCAUUAAAUUGAAAUGCUCUAGUCCUACUCUUGAUGGGCAUGCCAUCGGCCUGGAGGGGUUACCUGCGGUGCUCAAUAGACUCUCAGACCCAAGCAAUCGUUGUCAGGGACCGGAGUUAACGUGCCUUCUGCAGGCACUCUGCAAACAGCUCAUCAGUGCAGCUUCUGAUACAAAUGUGGUCAUUUUUACUUCAGCGGAUCGCUCAAGGACAGCUGCUGCACAGGCCGCAGGAGCUGAUGUCGCCGCAGACCUGUCCAUUGGCGCGCCUGAGCGAUGCAUCGCGAGUCCACAGCCCUUCAGCUCUGCUUUCGGCUCAUCCUGCAACGUUCGAACCAACACGGACGUCGAGGCGCCGGCAUCCGCGCAAACCCUGCCAUCGACAACAGCAUCCACCAAUAGCACUCCCUUAGCACUCCCUCCAGCUCAGCAACCCUCGAACCGCGCUGCCGUGGCUGCGCGCGUCGAGGCAGCAGCCGCCGCACGCCGGCCCCCAGUCGGCCCCAACAAGACCGCGCCGGCACUCGCUACCACCACCAUCACCAUCACGACAGCUGUGCCCUUGGGUUCCAUGGCAGUGCAAGGUCAUCCCCCGCCCGCCGCCGACGCCAGCGCGGCAGCCACCAUCACCGGUCUUUCCCCUGCAGCUAGGGACCCGACGGAGGGCCUUGCUGGCAUGGUUACCGCCGGCAUCGCCUUGCUGGUUGACCACUUGGAACACUUUCACUACAGAGCCAAGGGAGUUGUGCUGGACGGGCUGCUGUCCCUAUCCGCUGUGGGUCUUGGCCCAGAUCGCCGACUGGACCCAGCUGGCAUCGCAACCCUGCCACUGCCCGCCCCGGGAAGCUCGAGUAGCUGCGGGUCCUCAGCGGCAGCUGCUGUCGCUGCGGCUGCGGUGAUGGCUGCCGCGGCUGGUGGUGGCGGCGGCGGCGGUGUUCAGACGGGGGAGGACCCCGCGGCGGUCGCGGACGCCGUACAAGCGCUGGGCGGGCUUGGACUUGGGGACUGGCUGGCCCUGCGAAUAAUCAGCGCGGGUGCGGUGCCCCGGCUGCUUGAGAUGCUCACGCAGAGAACUGGGAUGAAUUUCGUGCCCGUACGACAGCUGGCCUCCCAGGUGAUCCACAACCUCGCCCGCCGUCGCAACGCGGCCGUCCGUGCCAGUCUGGCGCGCUGGCGGCCGCUCCCCGGUCUCGUCAGUGCUCUGGACGUGGUGCUGGAGGACAGCCCCGACAUUGCCGCGAGACUGCUACUCGCCCUCUCAGACCUCUUUCCGAUCACCUGUCACCAGAUUGCCGGCGCACUGCACAAGCUGAUUGCGAAGCAACAGACGCAGCAAGAGCAAGCGGCUGCCAAUGCCACAGGGCCGCUGCCGUUGCCGGCCCAGCAGCAGCAACAGCAACAGCUGAAGGAGACCGAGGCGGGGCACCAGGACGUGGCGGACGCCAAGCAGCAGGGCAACGCAGCGGGACAGAAGGCGCGGGCGGGGCUCGCGGCGGCGGCAGCUGCUGAUCUGCAGGCGGCUCCCGCCAAGAGCAGGCGGGGCAAGGCGGCCCCGGCGGCGGUAGCGCCUGUCCCUAGGCCGGGGGCAUUGGUGCCGCCCGGGGGCGGUGCCACUGUCGCCGCUGUCUCGGCGGCGGAGUCCGCCAUGACGACCCAUUUGGGUCUAGCACCUGACGUAGACGUGCCACUGGAGGCCCUGCUAAUGCGUGUGACAGGUUACUACAUGCGACUGUCUUACAAUGCCGUACUGUCGCCGGCGCCGCUGCCGCAGCCGAUGGGGGUCAAGGCGCCGUAUGGCGAGGCAGAGCGGCGAGAAUGCGAGAAGGCGCUGCUUGCUCACAAGGUCGAAGAGCAUCGACGGCGCCGCAAGGAAGCGGCGCAGCUGGAUUGCUGCGUGGCGGCGCUACUGGCGGCGGCGCCGAUGCCCACCUGCCUGUUUGACGCUUUGUCAUACAGACCGCCGCCACUGACCACAAGCCUGACGGCGACCGCCAACGGCGGUCUAUGGCGCGCGCAGGAUUUGCUUCCGUACGCGCUGAACCUCAUCCAGGGCCUUGGCGGUGGCAGCGACAGCGGUGACGGCAGCAGCGCCGCUGCCGCAGCCCGCGGCCUUGCCUCAACAAGCUCCGCCGCGAAUAAACAAGCGUCUUCUGCCGCCAACGUGUUGCUUCCCGCAUUGGCCGCGGCCGGUCCAGGAAACGCCGCCGCCGUCGCUGCCGGCUCACUGACUGGCGGUAGCACUGCCGCCGUCUCAGCAGCGCUCGACUGGUUUUGGGGAUUAGAGCACCCCCACUGCGCGGUGCAGGGCUCUGCGGUAGGAGCCGUCGCCGAGUGCCCUGGCCCCGCGCUACCCAGUGCGCCAUACGGCGACAAGCCUGUUUCCUCGGGGCUUAUGGAGCACUGCGGCCCCGUCUUACGGGUCAUCUUGGAACGCGCCAUCCAAGCUGUGGAGGCCGUACCCGCGGCAGUAGCCGCGGCGAGCGUCGCGCCUGCUACAGCGCCGGCGGUGCCGCCAGCACCCGCCGAGCUCGUCGCGGCCCGUGUGGAGGCCAUGCCGCUGGCGAUCCUGCGUGCCGUGGGCGCAACUCUCCAGUCCAUCACACGGCCCCAGCUGGCCCGGCGUCUGGUAACGUUUGCCGAUUGCCUUGAACGUGUUGCUUCUUGCCUGGCGCGCCGUACGGACAGCGCCGCUGCUGGUGUUGCGGAGGCACAUAUGGCGCUAGGACUGGCGAAUGUAUGGCUGUGCAGCGGCGGUGGCUACGAGUCUUUGAUCCGAAGACGCCGGGAGCGCGACCAAAGCAAGACGACUGCAGUCGCCGCUGCCGCUCCAGGGGCCAGCGGUGCGCCCGUUGGGACCGUUACCAAGGAAACCGCCGCUGUGGCGCCGCCGCCGCCGCCGCCCGCUAAGGAGCGCCUUCCGGCCGCGAAGCCCGCUGAGCCUCAGCUGCGCCGCAGCGCGCGCAUCAAGCGACAAAGGGACGAGGCCGCGGCGGCAUUGGCGCAAGGAGCCGACCGAAAGGGAGCUGCAGCAUCUGCGCGGUUGAAGGGGGAGUCGAACGCUUCAGCAACAGCGGUUGCGGCGGCGGCGGCGGCACCUGCUGUAGCAGCCGACGGCGGCCGUGCAGCCGCCGAUGCGGCGGCGGCGUCGGAGGUAUUGACAGCGGACGACCCAGGUCACGCCAAGUUUCUCGAAGCCCUUGUGGACGUGCUGGUCGCGCGUUUCGCAGAUGCGCGGCAGCAACAAGAUUCCCUGGACGUGCAGAUGCGGCAGCAGCAGGAGCAACAACGAUCCGAGGACGUUGACGCAGUGAGCCAAGGAGUAGUGAACAACGCUCUGGCGACGGCCGCUAGCGGCGCGGUUGGGGCGUGGCUGGCGGCGGUGGCCGCCGCGGCAACGGCCGCCACCGCAACCUCGCCAACGGAGCGAGCUAAGCUUGUUAUCGAGACCCAGGCAGUGCUUCUUCAGUCCGUCGCGUUGCUGAUCCCGGCACUUGACGCCUCGCAUGCAGCCCGCUUGGUCGAGGCAGGUGCAGUGCACGCAGCAGCGCGUGUGGUCCGCGCCGCCGCCACGGCAUCUCCGCCAACAGAGACGACGGCUCCGACGGCGGACCCGCUGGGGGCCGCCGCCGCCGUUCCUACCGCAUCGACCAUCGGCGGCAUUGGAGGCAGCUCGUCCACCAAGGAGAUUACUACCGGCCAGGUAGCAGGGCGGCACUGCUGGAACGAGGAGCCGCUGCAUGGCAUCACUGCGGCGCAGGCGCUCGGCCUGCUCGUGAAGCUGCUACUGCUUUCCGGGGCCGGCGCGUACGGCUGUGGUGGGCUGCAACAGCAGCCCGAAGCAUUGGCGGCGCUGGGCGGCGUGCUGUUGCUUCGAACACCCUCCGAGCAAAGCCGCCGAUUGCCCGCGCUGCCGCUGCUGGCGCGCGAAGCUGAGGCACCUGCCCCCCCCGCCGCCACCCCCACCCAAAGCCCCGAGGAGGGCUCUCUGGAGAAUCCAACGUCUCGAAGCUGGGAGCUCUUGGGCCUUAUGUCUGCCGGCGAGCAGCCCUGCGCCGGGCAUGACGUGGUGCUGCAGCUGCUGGGCCCUCUGGCGGCACUGACCCACGGGUCAUCUCCGCGCUGUGCCUCAGCACGCGCCGCGAUGGUGGCCGUGCUACUGAGGGUGCUCCGGUGGAGUCACAGCAAAGCACAGCGCCGGAGGCUGAUUGUCCAAGUGCUGGCUCUCUGGGCCCCAUACCUACAAGGCCUGCUGCUGCGGCUGCCCCGCAUGGCCUCCCCCAGCCCUGCGCCACGAGCCAUCGCACUGCCACCGCUGGCCACCGCCGUCGCCGCCACGGAUGCGCCCUUGAGUAGCUUCGUAGCUAUCCCCGGCGCCCCGGCUGGCGUGGAGGAUAAAGGCGCGUGUAACUUGGGCCGUACUAACUCCCAGUCUACGAUGCCGUACCCGGGAAGCCGCGGAGGCCGGCUUAGCACGCCCAUGAAUAGCGCCCAUGGCAGCGGGGCCGCGAGCGGCAUCCCAAUGCAUCCUGGACAGCGGACGCCGCCGUGGGGCGGCUGCGCCGCUGCCGCUGCCGCCGCCACGGCGGCGGCAGCAGGCAGCGGGAGCGUGGCCGGCUCCGCUGUACAUGCUGCUGCUGCAGCAGCAGCGGCGGCAGCUUUGAUCGUCGACUCCCCCACACGACACUCCAUCUCCGCCAGCGGUAUGCGUACGGCAGUGCCGCCGGCGCUCAUCCCGGGACGCAGCCGCCGGGGCAGCCGCCUGGCCGCGGGGCUGGCGUCGCCGUUGCCGCUGCAGGCGCCGCGGGGGGUGGGCCUCCAUGUGGUCGACGGCGACAUAGGACCCGCGAUGGCGGCGGCAGCAGCUUGCGCCGGCGCCGCCUCCGUCGACGACGUGCCACAUGACUCAAUAACGCUCGAGACGCUGUGCGAGUUGUUGGACGGUUUGAUGGAGCGUUUGGCGGACAGCGAGGUGGUUCGGCACCUGCACAUGACUGGCUGGCUGCGCGCGCUGUGCCAUGGUGCACAUUGCUCCGAAACCACUGUGCGGGAGACCUGUCUGCGGGCCCUGGUCUGCACGGCCCGCGUGCUGAGGUCGCUACCGCCGCCGCUGCUCAUGUCCGAGCUGGACUCCGAUACCGAGCUCCGAAACCACCUCGGCGCCUUGGAUCCAUGGAUCGCCUUCCUCAUCGCCAGGCGCCAGGAGGCGCUGCCGCCGCGGGGCCCGGAUGGCGGGUCCGGCAGCGCCGUGCUGCUGCCGCCGCGCUUCCAUGCAGCGGCGCCGGCAGUCCUCGGAGGCCGGGCGGGACGGGCGGCGGUCGUUCAAAUGGCCGUCGGGGUGGGAGGAGCGCACAGCGGCAGCGGCGCUGAGCUGCCGGCGUCGUCGCCUCCGCCGCGUCAGCGGCGGCCGUCCUUUGGGGGCAUUUUGUCAGGGCGGGCGGCCAGGGACGGUAGUCAUGGCAGCGAUGAUGGUAAUGUUCUCGCCGACGGGGUGGUGUUGCGACUGCCGGUUGGGAGCCCGGAGGUUGUGCUAGUGGAGCCGGCGGCAGCGGCGGUGAAAAUCCCGCUGGAGGUUGAACUGGUGCUGCCGCCGCCGCCGCCGGAAGAGCAGCAGCCGGCGCGCAGAGGCCGGCGGCGCGGCGCAGCUGCGGCAGCAGGGUCGUCGGCGAGGGCGCCGGGCCGUGCACGGAAGGGUUCUCGCCCAGCAGCGGCACGGGGAGCAGUUGCGGCGGCGGCGAGCGCUGCGGAGAAUGUAGCAGCGGCUGAUGAGGUCGAGGGCGCAGCGGAGGAAGGGGAAGGGGAAGAUAACGACGCAGCGGUGGCGGCCCCAGCGGCAGCGGUGCCGGCAGCGGCGGCGGCGGCGUCCAGGCGGACGCGCGCAAGGAAGGGUGCUGCGACACGGAGGGUACGGGUGGCUGUAGAGGAAGGGGAACCUGUCGCACCGGCAGUCGCUGAGCGGGCUGUUGGCGUCGAAGCAACGGCGGGCAGUGGUGGGGCUGUACCAGCAGGGGCAGCGACGGCGGCAGCCGCAGCACUGGCUACUGGACCUGGGCCUGUGGUAUCGCCUCUGCCAAAGAGGCGCCGUGUCAGUGAAAUGGAUGGCGCGGAGGAUGCGGACGAGCAUCAUCGCGGCUCCUCUGGCGCCGCUGCUGGUGUUGUCGUGCUGCCUGAGCCUCCUGCCGCGGCGGCGGCGGCGGCGCCAGCUCCACCAGCGGCCGCGACGGCUGACGAAGGUGCUGCCGGGGCCCGGUCUACUCUGCUACGCGGGGCCCUCUUCCCAUCUGCUGUGUCAUUAACCUCUCCGGUCAUGCCGUACAGUAAGGACAUGCCGGCUCCGGAAGUACCGGCUGCUGCUGCCGCGGAUGGCCGCCGGUCUGGUAGCAGUGCCAUCGCUGCCAAGAGCGGAACCCUCCCUGUCGGCCCGACGGAAGUGGCAGCAGCAGAAAGUGCAGCCGCGGCAACAGCGGCAGCAGCAGCGAAAACCGGAUGUACGACUGAGACUGUUGCCGGCGGCGCUACUGCCACUGCACGCGCCGUGAUGAACAGCGUCCCCGCUGCUGGCGGCGUCGGCGUCGGCGGCUGGCCUGUGGGUAUCGCCCCCCUCGAGCUGCAGCUGACCUCACGGGAGCAGCACCUGGCAGCGGCGGUGCGCUGCGCCUGCGUGUCGCUUGAGUCAGUGCUGGCGGCACGACGGCAUGACCUGGCGGCGGUGCGUGCCGCAGACCAGGCUGCCGCUGCCGCCGCGGCUGCAGCGGCCACCAUGGCCGUAGCGGCGGCCGCUGCCACUGCUACUGUGCCGCACCCAGCCAUCCCGCAAUCCGCGACAGCGGCCGCCGCCGCCGCCGCCGCAGCAGCAGAGGACUGUACGGCAGGGCAAGUCGCUAAAAGGCGGGUUGGUCGUCCGCGUGCAGCUACAGGAGCGCCCGCUGCACCACAUGGCAAACAGGCAGCUGCGGCGGCGGCGGCGGCGGCGGCGGCUGCACAACCCGCCCAGCAACCCGCUGAGCAGCCGCCAUCGCAGCCUGCGGCAGCGGAGCCGCCAGUUAGCCAGCCGGCAGCUGUGGCGGAUGCGGAGUUCCUCCGCCACACCUACGGUGGUAUCAGCAAGCGCCUCAACUUUGACGAGAUGUAG